CUUGACUAUAAAGCUUGCGUCAGCGGAAGUUCCAUCCUCUUCAUCCCCUCUCUUGCAGGCUGUGUAAGUUGCACAUUUUCCAUACAGUAUGGACUGUAAAAUCAUUAUUCAUCCUUCUUCUAACUGGAAAAUACGUCCACGAAAUCAUUAAACAAUGAUAUUAGAAACAUUCGUCCACAUAAUUAGACAGUUAUUUGUUUUCCAUUGGUUUUUGUUCGACUGAAAAUAUCUGUAAACUGACUCCUGUGUUUCUCCCGUCUUCCAGGCUUCAGUCCGCAGACACGGCAAGAUGGUGAGGACCGUUUUCACUACAUUCAUAUAUCUAUAAUUGCACGAUCAACAAAAAUGUUCAAUAAGCUAGUUGUGUGGAUAAACGAAAAUGGGCAUAACGUUACCUUAUCUUUGCCGGGUUGGCAGCUAACUAUGGUAGCUAGCCGAGUAGGCUAAUAGCUUGUACAGGCCACAGCCGGUGCGGCCUAACAAUGUGCUAACGUUGGCUACCGCCGGUACACUACUAGCUAACAAACUGAGGAGGUGUAAUGUGUGUUUCGUUAACGUGAACUGAAAUGUCAACACAUCCAGGGGUAAUAAAUUGCAGUGAAAGGCAUACCUGACUGUCAGCCAUGUUCUAGUUAGUAAAACUAGCCAAUGUUAAACUUCGCUAGCCAGCAGAGCAUGUCUUCGCAAGUUGUCCAAACAUCACAGGCUCUCGUGCUUGUGAUGCAUUUACACGCUUGCCAGAAUAAGGAUGGACCUAGUGCUACGUUUCGAUAUAACCAGAAUCUUUAGUUCCACCGGUCCACUGACAAUCUUCAUAUUACUUUUACUUAGUUUGCUAACUUAGUUAUUCUCCCCAUGGCUAGUUAACCACAUUGCUAACAUAGCUAGCUAUCAUGCCAUGUUAUGUUCUUUACAUUGAGGUUACCUCUGGUUGUGUAUAAAAAAUGUAUGCACUCACUAAAUGUAAGUCGCUCUGGAUAAGAGCAUCUGCUAAAUGACUAAAAUGUGAUAAGUUGUUGCAGAAAAUGGUGUACCUGCUGUCUACCUAUUCUUUCCCUGUUUUUAUUUCAGCCACGCAAAAUCGAAGAAAUAAAAGAUUUCCUGCUUACAGCAAGGAGGAAGGAUGCCAAGUGUAAGUAUUGCAUUGUUGCUCACUUGUGGACUAAAGCUUAUGGUAUUUAUAAUAAUUUAAGUAAGCAUUUCACUGUUUAUGAAGGAUGUGACUAAUUUGAUUUCUGCACCCACAGUAUUUUGCAUUAAUUCCAACUGCAAACCAUGAUGUUGAAACAACCAGAAUGUUUAGAUUAAUUUGUAUCAUUACUUGUCCGACAGCCGUGAAGAUCAAGAAGAACAAGGACAAUGUCAAGUUCAAGGUGCGUUGCAGCAGGUACCUGUACACCCUCGUCAUCACAGACAAGGAGAAGGCCGAGAAGCUGAAGCAGUCCCUGCCCCCAGGUAAGAUUCUCAGCUUUUAUCACAUGAAAUGUGGCAGGUUGUGGUUAACUGUAUUGGGUUGGAAAUACAGAUACAUCUAGCGUUUUAUAGGUACAUCUCACAAGACCUUGAAUCCCAAAGAAGUAGUGGCAAUGUCCGUUCUAAAGUUGUUGAUGUCUUGUCAAUGCAUAGUGGUUACAAAUUGAAUGUGGUUAAGAAGUAAUCUCAUCGGUUGCCAUGCAAGUUGUCCAAACACUACAUGCUACUUGGUGCUUGUGGUGCAUUUACACGCUUGCUAGAAUAAGGAUGGGCCUAGUGCUUGGUUUCGACUAUCAGAAAUUGAGUUCCACCGGUUCACUGACAUGUGUAUGCCUAAAUGUUUUGAGCUGUCAAUCUUGGUGGCCAAAACUGAAAGAUUGAUUUUUUGGGGGGGGGGGGGGGGAAUUCUGAUAAAAACACACUAAAAUCUGAAUACCAAGCUUAGUUUGAGCAUUUUACUCUUUCCUGAGCCCCGAACACUAGUAUUUCUAAUCAUGUUCAUAGUUAAUUUGUAACUUGAACAGUGAAAGUGUGCAGUGUGGAUGGACACAAUGCACAUGUAGUUUUUAACCAUCUCUCAUUUCUCUCUUCAGGUCUGGCUGUGAAGGAGCUCAAGUAGAGGACCAUCUUUGUGUACAGUGAAUUGUAAUAAAAAAGAGGAAAACCAUUUGUCUAUGGUUAUGUUGCACCGCUACAGUAAAUAUGUAAAUGCUUUGUGGCUCUUAAUUGGAACAAGGCAUUAGUGAAUGUAUGCUGAUUUUAAAUUACUAGGGAUUAAUUCUACAGGCUGGGUUCCCAGACAGAUUAAACCUAGUCCUGGAUUUAGGAACGCUUUCAAUGAAGAUUCUCAAAUGAGGAUACUCUUUAGUCCAGGACUAGGCUUAAUUGUAUGUAAAACUGGCCCUAAAAAUAAGAAAUUACAUGGUGUCUGUGGUGUAGUCAAAUCAAAGGUGCAGUUCCAAUACUCCAGAAAUUAUGUCAGAUCUCAAUUGGUGACUACUAGGGUGGUGAUGUUGCUUACACCUAUCCAAUCUUUUUAUUUUUUUAUAAAGACUCGUACUUACCUCAAGGAAAGAUGCAUUCAUUUAUAGUAAAAUAUAAAGGCAAACAUUUUUGUUUGUUCGUAUAAGGAAAUCAGUCAAUUGAA